AACUAUAUCCAUUCACACUUCCGGUGCAGGGGGAAGCGCUUCCUGAUAGCUGAAACCCGUAAUGAAUACGUGAAUCAUGCCUCGCAAAAACGAGCUUUCGGAAGCUUUACGAUCGCAAAUUGUUGAUCUGCACAAAGCUGGAAAAGGUUAUAAAAUAAUCGCACGCACUUUGGAUAUUCAUCGCUCCACAGUUAGGAAAAUUGUGUAUAAAUGGAAGCGAUUCAGUACUGUGGCUACUCUGCCGAGAAGUGGGCGCCCUACAAAGACGUCUGCAAAGACAAAGAUCAGCGAGGUUGGUCAUGGCCCUAGUGAGCCAAAAGACAGAGGAGAUUCACACACUAAAAAGUUAAAAAGCGAGAGAGACUCUACCGCUGUCCGCAGUGAUGCACAGAUUAUAUAUUCCUGCUCAUCUGAUACUGAAGCUACAGAUGAUGAUCCUGUGGCUGGACGUGCGUCUGCUGGACCAUCAAAUAAUAGAGGACAAGGUGUAGGCCUUAAAACGCAGCGAAAGGCUACUGCUGUUUCAUCUAAUGACGAGACUACAGAACAAGACAGAGACUUUAACACCACCCACAAGGAUGUAGAGAUUAAACAUUCCUACUCAUCUGAUACUGAAGCAACAGAUGAAGAGAAUAUGGCUGGACCGUCAGAUAUCAGAGGAGGAAGUUCAGACCAUAAAAUGGUUAUUAUGAAAGAAAACACCAUCUGUAGUGAUGGCAACACAGAUUCCUACUCAUCUGAUGAAGAUGAAGAGCCUAUGGCCAGUCAUCUGUCAGCUGGAAUAGCAGAGAGCAGAGGAGGAGAUCCGGACCAUGAAAUGGUAAAUAUGCACAUGCAGAAAUAAUUACUGUGUAUCCACCCAUAUGUACAUACACCCAUACGGGUGUAAUAUGAUGUGAUAUGGGAAACAGUUUUUUGUACCAGACUGUAAAUAUGAUAAUUUCUGGACAUUUUGCCAGAAAUCUGUGGGGAUUGACUCUAUUCUGGUGUGUGUGUGUGGGGGGGGGGGUUAAACCCAGUCUCAAGUGGCCACUUUUUUCCACUUCUUCAUUUGGUUUGGUUUUUGUUCCUGGAGCUUUCUCUUUUUGACACAAAGGACCAGAGGUUCUAUUCCAAGCUCCUCAUCCUAUCUCUGAGGCUUAGGUCAGCCACCCUAUGAAGGAAAAUCAUUUUGGCCACUUGUAUUCGCAACCUUUCCUUACCUUUUCACCAGUCCAGCAGUCGAAUCCAUUUUCUACCUUCUGAUCAGUUGUGAAUAAGAUCCCAAGUUUCUUGAAUACCCUCACCUUUAGCAAUCUUUCCCCCAACCAAAAGGCAGAAUUCUAACAUUUUCCAGCAGAGAGUCAUGGCCUUAGAUUUAGAGUCCUAAAUUUCAUCUUGGACAUUUCAGACUCAGCUACAGGCUGCUGCAAUGCAUGUUGAAGGUCAUGCUCCAUGAAGCUAACAGAACCACCUCAACUGCAAGAAAUGUGGAUUAUAUUCUUAAGUUCUCAA